AUGUCCGAACCCCGGCCCGGACCCCAGCGCCCUGGCCCCGGGGAGCGUCGUCACCCCGCCCCGAUCCCCGGCCCGGCCCCCCGGCCCCCGUCCCCAGCUCACCCGGCAGUGGCCGCACUGGCCCGUCGCCCACCUGGCAGGGCUCCCCUAGACCAGAGGGCAGAGGCCAGGGCCGGCUGGUGUCCCUGGCGGCGUCUGGGGCAGGCGGGCUGGCCCUCGUCCCGCCGGCCCCAAGUCUCUCCUGAGGAGGAUCUCUGUCCCAUGUUGACAGCUCCGAAGCCUGGGGCAGCAAGGGCCGCCUGGGCAGAAUGUCACGAUGGACGAGGGGGGCAUACCCCUGCUCCCCGACAGCCUCGUUUACCAGAUCUUCCUGAACUUGGGCCCGGCCGACGUGCUGGCCGCGGGGCUGGUGUGCCACCAAUGGCAGGCCGUGUCCCGGGAUGAGUUCCUGUGGAGAGAGCAGUUCUACCGCUACUACCAGGUGGCCCGCAACGUGCCCCGCCACCCAGCGGCCACAUCCUGGUACGAGGAGUUCCGGCGGCUCUAUGACACCGUGCCCUGCGUGGAGGUGCAGACCCUCAGAGAACACACCGACCAGGUCUUGCACCUUAGCUUCUCCCACUCAGGCUACCAGUUCGCUUCCUGCUCCAAGGACUGCACCGUGAAGAUCUGGAGCAACGACCUGACCAUCUCGCUGCUGCACAGCGCAGACAUGCGGCCCUACAACUGGAGCUACACCCAGUUCUCCCAGUUCAACCAGGACGAUUCUCUGCUGCUGGCGUCCGGGGUGUUCCUGGGGCCCCACAACUCCUCCUCGGGCGAGAUCGCCGUCAUCAGCCUAGACACCUUCGCCCUGCUGUCCCGCGUGCGCAACAAACCCUACGACGUGUUCGGUUGCUGGCUCACGGACACCAGCCUGAUCUCGGGAAACCUGCACCGCAUCGGGGACAUCACGUCGUGCUCUGUGCUCUGGCUCAACAACGCCUUCCAGGACGUGGAGUCGGAGAAUGUGAACGUGGUAAAGCGGCUUUUCAAGAUCCAGAACCUCAACGCUAGCACCAUCCGCACCGUCAUGGUGGCCGACUGCAGCCGCUUUGACAGCCCGGAACUCCUGCUGGACGCCGGCGCCCCUGGCGCAGACCCUGGCUGUGUCUUCGACCUGAGCAGCGACAGCGAGGACCAGGUGGUCGACCCAGGCCCGGCCCGCUCCAAGGGCUUGCGGCGUCUCCUGGAGGGCCGGGCCCAGCCCCAGCUGUCAGAGUGCGCGCUGGAGACCAAGGCGGCCGAGCUGCUGGCCCAGGGCCACACCAAGCCCCCCGAGCGCAGCACGGCCGCCGCCGGCAACAAACUCCUCAUCUUCACCACGGGCUGCUUCACCUACUCGCCGCACCAGAUCGGCAUCAAGCAGAUCCUGCCGCACCAGAUGACCACGGCGGGGCCCGUGCUGGGCGAGGGCCGGGGCUCCGACGCCUUCUUCGACGCGCUUGACCACGUCAUCGACGUGCACGGACACAUCAUCGGCAUGGGCCUGUCCCCCGACAACAGGUGGGCCUCUGUUGGCAGCCUGGGUGGGGGCGUCCGCAGGCCCCUACUGAGGAGCGUGCCCACGCAGGUACCUGUACGUAAACAGCCGCGCCUGGCCCAGCGGCUCGGUGGUGGCCGACCCCAUGCAGCCGCCACCGAUCGCGGAGGAGAUCGACCUGCUGGUGUUCGACCUCAAGACCAUGCGGGAGGUGAAGCGGGCCCUGCGCGCCCACCGCGCCUACACGCCCAACGACGAGUGCUUCUUCAUCUUCCUGGAUGUCAGCAGGGACUUCGUGGCCAGUGGGGCCGAGGAUCGGCACGGCUACGUCUGGGACCGCCACUACAACAUCUGCCUGGCCAAGCUGCGGCACCAGGACGUGGUCAACUCAGUGGUCUUCAGCCCCCAGGAGCAGGAGCUCCUGCUGACAGCCAGCGACGACGCCACCAUCAAAGCCUGGCGCUCACCACGCACUGUGCGUGUCCACCAGGCCCCGCGCCCGCGCCCGCGCCCCUUUUUCUCCUGGUUCGCCAGCCAGAGGCGCUGAGGGGCGCUGGGACCCACCGAGGAGGCCACGGAGGCCCAUGGCCCUUUUCCGGGGGCUGAGCUGCUGCCCAGAGUGCGCGGGGGCAGAGAAGCUUGCUGCAGAAAUGCCUUAGGGCGUGGGCCCCGCAGGGCCACGGCGGGGGACGGCCUGGCCCCCACCACGCUCGUUCACGCACACCGCCUCCCACAGCUGUGCCGCUCAGCCCUGGGCAGCCGGGGCCGUCUCUGGCUGGCUUGGGCUGCACAGGACACUGGGCCCCCGCUCUUCACCCACCCCCUUCCCCUGGGCCUGGGCUCUGGGACAGUCUGCACAACACGUUCCCCUCAGCCAGCCCUGUGGGGCCCUGGCGGUGUUUGCUGGGCCCAGCCUUGCCCAGGGAGCCCAGGCUCCCUCUUUUGGGAACUUCCCAGCGUCAGGGUCGAGAUGCGGGUCAGGCUGCCAUGGGCCCAGGGGACCUGCAUGUCACUGGUCACCUGUUCAGGGUCUGAAUAAACAGUUGGCAACAGCA